AUGCAUGUUUCACCUUUUUCUCUAUAUACUGGCAAGGCUGGAGUUGGAGGCAAGACGAGAGGAGAGAUGCUGGCAGCUUUGAACUCUUUAAAUUGCUUCCGGGCUGCGGCAGAAAAUAUUCGUUGCCUAUUUCUGCUUUGGGGUGUUCCUCUAAUGAUUAUUAUUCAAUGUGGUGCAUCCCCAGAGCCACCACCGCCAUCAGUUGAGGCAUACACCGAACGGGAGGAUGGUGUGGCGGAGGAACCAAAAAUGGAUCCUAAUAUGGAAAAUGCUAUGCAAAAUCAAAUAAACGGUGCCUCUAAGCAAUGUUUUAUUUUGAAUAUAACCACUUCCAAUGGAAUCUGGCAUGGUGACAACCCCUUCACUGAAUCUCUCCCUCUCAUCAUCAAGCAAUUCGCGGCCAUCCUAAUCCUCACUCGCUCUCUUUACCACCUUCUCAAACCCUUACAUCAACCACGCAUCGUUUCGGAUAUUCUCGUAAGUGGCAUUAUUGUUGAUAUGUUUCCCAUUUCCUUUUAUGGUGGCAUACUGUUAGGUCCAUCUGCAUUGGGGAAUACAACUUAUUUUGCAAAUCUGUUCCCCACAAAAAAUUUUAUUACAAUAGAAACUAUAGCGUACAUGUCACUUCUUUUUCACGUCUUCUUGGUUGGCUUAGAGCUUGACCUAAGUGCCAUCAGGCGCAUAAGCAAAAAGGCUAUAUGUUUCACUGUAACUGGACUUUUUGUUCCAUUGGCCAUGGGAAUUGUGCUCUUUUAUCUAUUGCAUCCAUUUUCGGAGCAAAAUCAGCCUCAUGUUCAUGAAGUUACUGUAAAAGGUAGUUUUUUACGGGCUGCCGCACUAUCAGUCACAAACUUCCCCGUUGUCAGUCGAAUUAUAUUGGAUCUCAAGCUACUGAAAUCAGAUAUCGGAAGAUUGGCAAUGCCUAUUGCCCUUAUCAGUGACAUCGGCUCUUGGGUUCUUAUAGCCAUUUUGAUCCCAUUGACUGCUAAUCCCACAAAUGCUCCAUAUGUCAUCACUACAACAGCAGCCUACGUAUUAGCCUCCAUUUACAUAAUUCGUCCAUUCCUUGCAUGGAGCACUCGCCGCACUUCUAAUGGGAAUAACAAUGGCUACAGUGAUUUUUACCUGUGUUUUGUUCUUGUUGGGGUUGUGCUAGGAGCAUUGUUAACGGAUGUGACUGGCAGUCAUCCCAUUGUCGGGGCUUUCAUAUUUGGGCUUAUUACUCCUAAUGAGCUGGUGCUUGCGUUGAUGGAGAGGUUCGAGUACUUUGUUUCAGGACUUAUGAUGCCGGUGUUCCUGGUAAUUUCUGGGAUGAAAGUCGACCUCUUUAAAAUAACACAGUGGAUGUUCGUAUUGCUUAUUGUAAUUAUGCUUUGCGCUGUUAAGAUUAUUAGUUUCCUACCGAUGUCUUUAGUCUCUGACAUUGACCCUAAAGAUAGUUUUGCUGUUGGAUUACUCAUGAGCACAAAAGGGAUAUGGGCCAUUCUUAUCAUUAACACUGGAUUGGACAAAGAGGUACUUCCAUUUUCUCUAGUUGUGCACGACGAAGACUAUGCAGUGAUGAUGGUUACAAUUCUAUUAAUGACCAGCAUAGUUGCUCCUACCAUUGCUGCCAUUUACAAGGGGACCAAGCUUACUACAGAAUAUUACAACCGUAGAACUAUACAACAAGAUAAAACAGAAUCAGAGCUACGAAUCCUCACAUGCAUUUAUUCCUUUUGCAAUGUGCCGGGAAUAUUAAAGCUACUUGAUGUCUCUCACGCUAUCCGACAUAAUCAUAUCACAGUUUUCACUCUCCACCUCGUUGAACUCACUGACUGUGAAUCAGCUCCCAUGCUUAUUGUGCAUGACUCACACCACAAGUUUGACAACUCCAUCUACCACCCUGACUACGGUGAUAGCUCCGAAAUGGAUCAAAUCGUCAAUGCCUUUAGAGAAUAUGAAAUCAAGACUCGCAAUAUCAGCGUCCAAUCCUUUAGUGCAGUGUCUCCGUUUGUGGCUGUGGACGGAAAUAUUUGUAGUCUAGCUGAAGACAAGAAUGUGGCAUUCUUGAUCUUACCAUUCCACAAGCGAGCCAACAUAGAGGGGAAUCUAGAGGAGGGAAGCUCCGCCUUUCGCAACAUAAACCAAAACGUGCUUCUUAAUGCUCCUUGUUCUGUAGGAAUCUUCAUAGACCGUGGACUUGAAGAGGUCACAGAUACCAAAGUCAGCAAUGAAAUCCAUGAAAUAGUCAUGGUAUUCCUUGGUGGAGCUGAUGACUGUGAAGCAUUAGCUUAUGCUUGGAGGAUGGCAAAGCAUCCAGAAGUAAGCCUAACGGUGAUAAGGUUAUUGGAAAUGGAUUCUGUGGAUCUCAAGGGCUCAAUAAAAUCCUCAAGCUCAUACCUUGACAAGCUAAGGCAGAUUGAUGAUGAUUACAUAAAUGAGUUCAGGCUACAAACUGGUGGGGAGGAACUUAUUGUCUACGAAGAGAAAAUUUUACAAAAUGGAGAAGAGCUGGUUGUGACAUUGAAAGAAAUAGAAAAUAAAUUUGACCUAUUCAUAGUAGGAAGAGGAGAAGGAAUACAUUCACCAUUGACAACAGAGUUAUUGAACUGGGUUGAUUGUCCGGAGCUAGGGGUUAUCGGUGACUUGUUGGCAACAUCCGAAACUGCCAGAGGUUCAGUCCUAGUGGUGCAACAAUUCUUUGAUUUUGGAAAUAGCAUAGCCAUUGAAGAUUUGGUUGGGACACCAAGGAUGUACGUACGGGACGCUAAAGAAAUUCCGGAGUCGGUGGCUAUAAAUGGGGAGCAGUGGUAGGUUAGGGAUGUACACGAGGGAUCGAUGAUGAUGACGAUGAUUAACGGGCUGAUCCUUUUU